AUGGCAAACGCAAUAGCUGAGAAUGUUUUGGGUACUAUAGGUACCGUGUUAUGGUGUAUUCAGCUUAUUCCACAAGUUGUUAGAAACUAUAGAGCAAAGAACUGCGAAGGUCUACCCCCAUUGAUGAUGUUUUUAUGGGCUGCCAGUGGAGUUCCCUUUUCCAUAUACUUUAUUGCUACAGAUGGAUCUAUCCCGUUACGAAUUCAACCCCAGUUAUUUACUUUGUUUUGCACAAUAUCUUGGAUCCAAACCUUGUAUUACCCCCCUAAAAAAGUUUCGAGGACAAAAUUGAUUACGUUUGUUGGAUCUUUUAUUGCAAUUUCAGUAGGUUUGGAAGUUGGAUUCAUCUUAUGGUUGAGACCUUUGUAUAGAAGAGGAAUUGAAUGGCCCAUGUUAAUUAUUGGGAUAGUGGCAUCCGUUUUAUUGGCUAUUGGAUUAAUCCCCCCAUAUUUUGAGUUAGCAAAACGUCAAGGACGAGUCGUUGGUAUUAAUUUCGUAUUCCUUACAUUAGACUCAUUAGGUGCCUUGUUUUCAUUGUUGAGUAUUGUUGUUGGAACAAUGGAUAUUAUGAGUAUGGUGUUGUAUGCGAUUGUGUUGGCUCUAGAGGUGGGUAUUUUCGCCAGUCAUUUCAUUUGGUGGUUGAGAAUAGGGAGAAAUUCAGACAACGAGUCAUUAGAUGUACAGAUACAUCACGAGACACAUAGCAAUGAAGAGGAGAAAAGCAACGUGGUCGUUGUAUAA